AUGUGCAGCAACUCGGAGCUUGAGGAGUGGACGCUGGUCAAGCUGCACAAAGCAGCUGAUCUAGUGCAGCUCAAGCAGGCGACAUCCCAAGCUCUAGGAUUGGAGGACUCGCAAAGCCUGCAAUUCUACAUUGUGGCACGGGACGGUGCAGGCCGAUGUGCACGACUGGGACUGCUCACCCAGACGUCAUCCCUUCAAGCUAUGCAGCUGACGUUGCCGAGUGAUGUUUUGCAGGUGGUCGAAUUGAUUUGUACCACCAGCGACCCGCCGGCUGUGUCGGAGGUACCAACUGCAGCGGCGCCAUUCCCACUGCCCGGCCCGUGCUUGCCUUUGAUGGGAACCACUUACCAGGUACUGGGACCAGAUCCUAUGCCAAUGUACAAUCUAUCCAGGAACGUUUUCCCUCCGAGGGCUUCGAAAUUUCCUUAUGGGUCUACUGUUGGGUCAUACAACGGCGGACGGAAGGAGGCAAUCGGUGACUUCCCACCUAACACCAUCUUCCACGAUGAUGCUCACACCGUGACGAUCUUGACUGCCAGCGCAAGCAUUGUUGAGGAGCUCAUUGCUCGCGCGCCAGACUUCCCUAAGUUGUGGAACAGGCGAGCACAGAUUGGAUUGCAAGACUUCACCGAGAACGGUUUGUUCACAAGCAGUGAAACCUCGGAGGAUUGGAAGGCGGCCCAUAGUCUUCUCCCAAGAGGUUUCAACCAAAUCAAAAUCAAGAAUUUUGCGCCGCAGAUCUUGGCAAAGACCCGUGCCUUCAUUCGCGAAUGGUCGCAUUUCCGUGCUGGCCAGCGUGUGGAGGGUGUCAAUGAUUGGCUGACCGCCAUGACGGCAGAUGCGGUCGUCACCUGCAGCAUGGGUUUUGACAUGCGCAAUGUAGAGCGGCUCGGGGCCAAACAGCCCCCGCAUAAGUUCGUAGAUAACUUCAGAAUUGGCCUGGGCGUGUCAACCGGAAGCAUCAACGCUUCCUCAGAAUAUGGAUGGAAGCGGCACCUGCCUUUCUUCAAUGCAGCCGGCAAAUUGCAGGCAAAAUACAAGCUUGCAAAAUCGAACAUGCAAGAGCAAGUGGAACAGAUGGUUGAAGCAACCCGCGAAGGUGAAAUGGGGGGACAGAACUCGAUCAUCAGGGCCAUGCUCGAGGACCGCACUGGCGAUGGCAGACACAUCCGCUAUGGUGCGCUCUAUGGCCAUGUGGUGAACUUGAUGAUUGCAGGCCAUGAGACGACAGCUGCAACCCUUGGAUUCACCAUGCAACUAUUGGCACAGCACCCCGAAUAUGAAGCCAGGGCCUUGCAAGAAGUGCGUGAGGUGCUGCAGGGAAAGACGGAACCAUCGGUAGACGAUGUGCCCAAACUGCAGUUUGUCGAGCAGUGCUUCCGAGAGGCUUUGCGCUUGUACAGUCCUGUGACCAGCUUGACUCGAGACGCUGCGCAUGACACCUUGCUGGGAGGCCACCGGGUUUACCAAGGGCAACGCAUCGUGGUGGUCACGCGGGCACUCCAUACGAAUCCGGAAUAUUGGGGUGGGAAGUUUGGAGAUCCUUUAUCAUUUAAUCCUGAUCGCUUCUCGCCGGAUGCGGUGAAGGACAGACAUCCAAAUGCUUAUCACCCAUGGGGCUUCGCAACACGCUCUUGCAUUGGAAGCCAGUUUGCCCUCUUUGAGGCCAAAACCUUUCUUGCUUCCAUGCUUCUGCACUUCCGUCUCGAGGGCAUCCCAGGGUACGAGAUUGUGGCUAGCACCCACGCGGGCGGAGCUGCCCCUUCGCCCAAAGACUUGGCUUUCAUCGUGUACCCGCGUCCUGGAGGGCCACUUUGGUCGGACACUGGCCUAAUGCAGCCGCUUCCCGCAUUGGCGCUUUCUACCCCUGAGAGUCCGGAAGCCCAGCCCGGCCAGCCUCAAGGAAGCCUAGAAACUACGAAUGGCCACAAAGAGAUCGCAGAGGGUCCUGUCAUGAAGGUUCUUUAUGGAUCCAAUGCCGGCUCCAGUCAAGAAUUCGCUUCUCAGGUGGUGGCAGCAGCGGGCAAGGCUGGAUUCCAGGCUUCUUUGGAAACUCUUGAUGCUGCAGUUUCCAUGGGCUCGAUGGUGCCAGAUGGGCGAACGGUCAUCGUUGUCACAUCUACCUAUAACGGCCUGCCCCCAGACAAUGCAUGUCACUUCAAGGAAUGGUUGGUGAAGCAGAGAGGCGGUGCCCUGAAUGGGCUGCAAUUUGCAGUAUUCGGGGUUGGAAACUCGCAGUGGCACACUUACCAGCAGUUUCCGCGAGAAGUGGAUGCUGGUUUGCAUUCCUGCGGGGGUACACGUAUUUGCGGCUUGGGAGCUUGUGAUGUGGAUAGUUCUUCCUUCGAUUCCGAUUUCGAAGACUGGCUUGCGAAUCUACUGCAGAGGAUUGGCGGAGCAUCUGGUGGAGCCAAUGUCGUCUCGGCCGAGGACGACUCUGGAAGGGACGAGUUCAUGCUGGAGAAUGGCCCCUUAGACAGCGUCACCGUGCAGGCCGAUGUGAAGAAUGGAGUCGCUGCCAUCAACGAUGCCAUGCAAACUGCGGCCAAGUUGGUUGGCGAGGCAGCCGCGCCUCCAAGCCGAAACGUCGCUCUUGAAGUCGUUUUACCUAGCCGCGAGCUGUGCAAGAAGCCUGAUGCUCGAAGUGUUCGUCAUGUGACUCUGCGACUUCCUGAAGAUCAUCCAGGAUAUCAGCCGGGGGACCAUUUGGAAGUUCUGCCUCCAAAUGAUCCAGCGUUGGUGCAGAUGGUCCUCGACGUGUUGCAACUAAGGGAGGACGCUGCCGUACGUUGGAACCUCAACAGGAUGCAGAAGAAAUGGCGUAAUGUAAAUGUGGGGAAAGAUGCGGGGUGGUGGGAGAAGCUGCCAUCGCUGCAUCUAACUGCAGGCUUGGUUCUGCAGUACUUUCCUGAUCUUGCAAGCCCGCCUGGACGCAAAGCAUGCGCUGCUCUUGCACAGCUUGCAACAAAUCCGGCGGCGAGGGACGAGCUCGUCCUGCUUGGAAGUGAUGCUGAGCACCACAAACUGAAAGUAGCUUCUGUCGGCCUCUCACUGGCGGAGCUGAUUCACGGCUUCAAAGGCAACCUCGAGUGUCAAAUUGGGGACAUCCUCGUGAUCGCCAAGCCGCUUGCACCGCGACGGUACAGCGUGUCUUCAAAUCCGGAGAGCUUGCAGGACAAGCGCUUCGUCACAGUCACCGUUGGGCAGGUGAAGUUUACGACCGGUACAGGCCGUGUUCACCGUGGACUUGCAUCAACACGUCUUGGAAACAUGGAGGUUGGCGAUGCCAUCCCUGGAAAUGUCAAGACGAUGCAGUCGAAUUUCCACUUGCCUGAAGACCGCGCAGCACCUAUCAUCAUGGUGGGGCCAGGGACUGGCCUGGCACCAAUGAUGGGCUUCCUGCAGCAGAGAGAAGCCUUGCUGAAGAAGGGCACAAAGGUUGGCCAUGCUACGCUUUUCUUCGGCUGCCGUUCCAGGGAUGAAGACUAUCUGUACCAGGAGGAACUUGAGGGUCGGUACUUGAAGUCUGGUGCCCUCUCGACACUCCACGUUGCGUUCAGCCGGGAAUCGGGCCAAAAAGUUUAUGUGCAAGACAAGAUCUGGGAAGAGAGGGAUGCGGUCUGGAGACUUUUGCAAGAUCCGAAGUGCACAGUGUUUGUUUGUGGCGAUGCCCGUGCGAUGGCCCCAGAUGUGAAGCGUGCUUUCCAAAAGGUGGUGGAAAGUGGGGGCAAUAGCAGCUCUUCCGCAGCCAACAUGAUUGCUGCGAUGGUGCAGCGAAGCUUGGAGAACGAGAACGUCAGCCAGAGCCCAGAAACAAGCCCGGCAUCGGGCUUCGGGACGCUCCAAGCCUGCGACGCCUUACAGGCAGAUGCCACCUUGCAUGUGGAGGUGGCAGAGCUGCGGAAGAAGAUAACAGCAUUGGAAGCAGAUCGCUUUGAACCUCCAGAGCUGGAAGAGCUGCAGGUACUGUGCAGUACUCUGGAGUCGCAGAAGCGUGGAUUGGAGCAGGAAGUGAAGCGUCUGCAGGGAAGCUCUGCAGAGCUUGAAGCUCGAUUGGCUUCGUCUGCCAAUGUACAAGAUAAAAUGCAGAGCCUUGUGGAGGAGAGCAGCGUCUUGGAAGAAGAUCUGGCGCUGGAGAGGGCCAAGCAUGCCAGGCUGGUGGCAGAGGCGGAAGGAGAGCGAGCCAGAAAGGAAGAGUUACGAAGAAGGGUGUCCGAACUAGAGGACGAGAAUGCAGCGCUUCUAAAGAUGGCGGGCUCCCAGCAGGAGAGCAGCGUCUUGGAAGAAGAUCUGGCGCUGGAGAGGGCUCGGCUGACGGCGGAGGCGGCAGAAGAGAAGGCCGAGAAGGAAGAGUUGCAAAGGAGGCUGUCUGAACUAGAGGACGAGAAUGCAGCGCUUCUGAAGAUGAUGGGCUCUCAGCAGGCAGCUGCGCAGAAGGCAAAGUGUGCAACGGAAGAAGCAGCGAAGACGCUGGAGUUGGAGCGCAAGUUGUCGGAGCUUGAGGACGAAAACUCAGCGUUGCUCAAGAUGAUGGGCUCGCAGCAGGCUGCUGUCCGCCAAGUGGCGGUCCUGACAGUGACUUUGCUGCAGCCUGGUGCGGCACGGAGGGCCGGGAAGGAGCAAGAGAGAGAGGGCCCAAACCCAAACAAGCAGAAGAAGAUGAGAGAUAGAGCGAGAGAGAGCGAGCAUUGUGUAGUGCUGACAUGCUGGCCGGGACCCUGGAUUCUCAUCAUGUCACACCACGUUCCCCACUCAUGUAUGCCUUUUUCUGCAGCGGGUCUGUUACGAUUAAGGUCGUGUUCAAGUCUCGUCGCAAGAAACUAG